GUGUUUGUCAUCUAUAAUGUAUUGUAAUAAAGUUAAGCCAGAAUUUAUAACAUGUUCUGAAAAAGUAUGGGAUAAAAUUCGUCCAAGACCCUUACUUCCAAAGAUGUUGCCAUCUGUCGCGUAUUCAAUAAUAAUUGAAUAUAAUAUGCUUUUAAAUGACAAACAGUUAUUGGACAUAAAAUGGCAUAAAAAUAGGACCAAAUGGAGUACACUGUCAGCAGACGAGGAUAAAUCUAUCUUCGAUUGUGUGCAAGAAGUUUUGAGUUUCGAUGAGGAUAAUAUAGACGAAGGCACAUUCGUUCAUCGAUAUUGUCAUAAAGUUAUCGAAGAAAUUUUUAGUAAAGAUGAUUUUACAUUGUUCUGGGCAAAUGGUGAAUCUAAAACUUCAAAAGCAAGACGAGUACUAGAUGGAAAGAAAGCCAGACUUUCGUGUAUUCUCAAAGAUAGAUGA